CUCGGUGCUCCAGCCUCCAGCUAUUCAUUACUCUCCCUCUCUCUCUCUCUCUCUCUCUCUCUCUGUGUCCGUCUCUUCUCUCGUCUUCUGUGUACUCUCUAAUUUCUUGCACACACACAGAGAAGCCAAAGUGUACCAAAAAAGAACCUUUUUCAGCGAAAAGCAGUCAGCUUUCUCGGCCAGAUCACUUCUUAUCUCUACCCUUCACACCAAUUGUCACAUUGCAGAAAAAGGGUCUCUGGUUUUCUGCUUCUUCUUCCCUCUGCAGCUCUGCUUCUUUCCACAUUCUGCAAAUGCUCCAUGAAAUAAGCUUGCUUUGAGAAAUAGAGGACAUGGGUUGCUAAGCACUUGCCCAAAAGCCGAUUUUGGUCAUCUGGGGAAGUGCUUUUUUUCUUCUAGGAUUAUGCUCUUGUUGCUGCUUUAGGUCUAAAAUGGGAAGCUUCCAUGGGGUGCUUUUGAUGGGGGUGCUUUUUCUGGGGAUGCUUAUGACUUCUUUUUGUCAAGACGAGGAUUCUGAUAACUUCGCGGCUGUGUAUAUCGUUACUCUCAGAGAAGCUCCGGCCGUUCACUAUGAUGCAGAGUUGAGAAGGAGCAGCAAAAAUGGUGUUAGACCUGGCGGUGCUUCUGAGAGGUUGAACAUUCACAAACCAAGGUUUAGAAAUAUUUCGAGAAGGGAUGGUAGGUAUAGCUCUUAUAUCGCUCGAGCUCAUGAUUCAUUAUUGAGGAGGGUGUUGAGAGGGGAGAAAUAUCUGAAGCUAUACAGCUACCACUACUUGAUAAACGGAUUUGCUGUGUUUGUUACCCAAGAUCAGGUUGAUAAGCUUUCAAGGAGGAGAGAAGUAGCAAAUGUGGUUUUGGACUUUUCUGUUAGAACUGCAACCACCCAUACCCCUCAGUUCUUGGGUUUACCACAAGGAGCAUGGGCUCAAGGAGGAGGAUAUGAAUCAGCUGGAGAAGGGGUUGUUAUUGGGUUUAUCGAUACUGGCAUUGAUCCAACUCACAUUAGUUUUGAUGACCAUGCAUCUGAACGUCCAUAUCCAGUUCCGGCCCAUUUCUGUGGCAUCUGUGAGGUUACUCCGGAUUUCCCAUCUGGGUCCUGCAAUAGGAAGCUUAUUGCAGCCCGCCAUUUUGCAUCAUCCGCUAUAACCAGAGGUGUUUUCAAUUCAUCUCAGGACUAUGCUUCUCCAUUUGACGGUGAUGGUCAUGGCACGCACACCGCUUCCAUUGCUGCAGGAAACCAUGGAAUUCCAGUGGUUGUAGCUGGUCAUAGUUUUGGAAAUGCAAGUGGGAUGGCUCCUCAUGCACACAUCGCUGUUUACAAGGCAUUGUACAAAGGUUUUGGAGGCUUUGCGGCUGAUGUUGUUGCUGCCAUAGAUCAGGCUGCUCAGGAUGGGGUUGACAUAAUAAGCUUAUCAAUCACUCCCAACCGGCGUCCUCCCGGAGUUGCAACAUUUUUCAAUCCGAUAGACAUGGCAUUACUAUCAGCUGUAAAGGCUGGUAUAUUUGUUGUCCAAGCAGCAGGAAAUACCGGACCAUCACCAAAGAGCAUGUCUUCCUUUAGUCCAUGGAUAUUCACUGUUGGCUCUGCCUCUCAUGACAGAAACUACAGCAAUUCUAUAAUGCUUGGCAACAAUGUCACCAUUACUGGAGUUGGACUUGCAUCGGGAACAGAUACAAUGUACACAAUGAUCUCUGCCACACAUGCUUUGAACAAUGGCACAACAGUGUCAGAUGAUAUGUAUGUGGGUGAAUGCCAAGACCCGAGCAACUUUAAUCAGGAUUUGAUCCGGGGAAACCUCUUGAUCUGUAGCUACUCAAUUCGAUUUGUGCUAGGAAUCUUCACCAUCAAUAUCUUAGAAACAGCCAAAAACCUAAGUGCAGUUGGUGUUGUGUUCACCAUGGAUGCUUUUGUAAUCGGUUUUCAGCUUAACCCAACUCCAAUGAAAAUACCUGGCAUCAUAAUUCCGUCCCCAGAAGAUUCCAAGGUUCUAAUGAAAUACUACAAUCUUUCCUUGGAGAGAGAUAUUGUGACAAAGAGAAUUACCAAAUUCGGGGCACUUGCAGCCAUUUGUGGAGGUUUGGAAGCAAACUACAGUAGUUCUGCGCCAAGGAUCAUGUAUUAUUCUGCUAGAGGUCCAGAUCCGGAAGACAAUUUUCUUGAUGAUGCAGACAUAAUGAAACCCAACUUGGUAGCUCCUGGAAAUUCUAUAUGGGCUGCUUGGAGUUCUGUUGGGCAAGACUCGAUUGAAUUUCAAGGCGAGAACUUCGCAAUUAUGUCUGGGACAAGCAUGGCUGCUCCUCAUAUUGCUGGGCUUGCUGCACUAGUUAGGCAGAAGUUCCCCAACUUCAGUCCUUCAGCCAUUGCAUCUGCACUUUCCACAACAGCUUCUCUAUAUGACAAGAAUGGUGGGGCCAUAAUGGCUCAGCGUGCUUAUGCAUUUCCAGAUCAAAAUCAGUCUCCAGCAACGCCCUUUGAUAUGGGCAGUGGUUUUGUGAAUGCCACAGCAGCGCUGAAUCCAGGAUUGAUUUUUGAUGCCAGUUAUGACAGUUAUAUGUCAUUUCUUUGUGGCAUUAAUGGAUCGGCUCCUGUGGUCUUGAAUUACACCGGUGAGAGCUGUUGGGCUUAUAAUUCUACCAUCAGUGGAGGUGACCUGAACUUGCCAUCAAUAACAAUAGCAAAACUAAACCAGUCUAGGACGGUGCUGAGAACAGUGAGGAACAUUGCUGAAAAUGAAACUUAUACCGUUGGCUGGAGUGCUCCUUUCGGAGUUUCAUUAAGGGUGUCUCCACUUAAUUUUUCGAUUGCCAGUGGGGAGACACAGAUCUUAAGUGUAUUCGUUAAUGCUACGGGUAACAGCACGACUGCUAGCUAUGGGAGUGUCGGACUACUUGGAAAUCUAGGCCAUGUUAUCAACAUUCCUUUGUCAGUCAUUAUCAAAAUCACAUAUAAUACUACUGCUAACGGUUAAAAAUCUACGGUGGUGUGCUGUAUCUUAUUUGGUUGGUUUUGGUUUCUUGCUUGCAAGAUGUGGUUAACCAUUCAUUCAUUAUAUUGUAAAUGAAAGGUCAUGUAAGUCUUGUAACAUCUCUUGUGCAGAUACAGUGAAAAAUUCUACGUAAGUGUUACUCCAUCUC